AUGGGAAGGACAUCCAACACUAACACGGGAUCGGUGCCGCAGAUCAUGAAUACGCCUCCUUCGCCAGCCAGCACUGCGCGUUCCAGCCGGGAGCCCAGAGAUACUGGGUUUCCCGAGCCUUUCGGGGACAACUACAACACUACCCUCCCUCAUCCUGAUGCUGACCUCUCGCCCAACGCCACCAUAAGCAGCGACAACCUCACGCCAGCACAGUCCAUGACCAGACGACGCCUCAGCCUGCUCAGCAAACACCGUCGCACCAUCUCGCAAGGCUCGACUCUCUCAUCGCCUCUUGUGCACAGCGUACUCCCUCUCAUCACCACGGGCAUACCUGGACAGAGCGGCAGUGACAGGGCAUCAGAGACGGACAACCACAGAGAGAGCAUGGAGCCCAGGCGAGACGGGGACAACAGCCCCUCGUCCUCGCCUGCUGAAGAUGACGAGGGCGGCGACAAGCGGAAGAGCUUGUUCGGUCGAUUGAGGAGAAAGUCACGGGUCUAG